CAAGGAGUUUGUGUCCCCCAGAUCAUGGGCGUCUACGCUCGAAACGGAUACAUUAACAUCGCUAUGGAACCACCACACCCCAUUUUCUGGGUCGAAGCGUCUCCAGACAUGUCCAUUUACCUGAAGGAACGCGUGAUCGAAGCAUUCGAAAAGAUCCAUUCUCGUGGAAUUGCCCAUGGCGAUAUUGCGCUGCGUCAUAUUCUCAUCGGCGCUGAU